AGACGUUUAGCUAAAACAUAAACGCAACAGACUUCCCCCCCUCCUUUCUUUCUUUUCAUAUGUGUGAAAUGAGCCGUGGGAACCCAAACCCUCCGAAAGUAGAUUUUAAAGACGAUGAGAAGCAGUUUGGAGCAGAUGUACUGCAGGUGGUGAUUAAGGAAGAGGUUCUACCUAAACAGCAUAACUGGUGCCUCAGUCUGGACCAUGAGGACCCAGAUCUUCCACACAUUAAACAGGAACCGGAGGAUCUAUGGACCAGUCGGGUGGGAGAGCAGCUUGAAGGCCCGGAGGAGGCUGAUAUCGUCAGGAUCUUGUUCACUGGUGUACCUGUGAAGAGUGAAGAUAAUGAGGAGAAACCUCACCUCUCACAGCUUCAUCAGGACUCAACCAGGGAGAGCGCAGAGGUGGAGCCUCUUGCCAGUAGCUCAACUGAUCAUAUGAAAAUAGAAGUUGAUGGAAAUUACUGUGGAGUACUGAAACCAGACACAAAGUCAGAACCAAAUACUGAUGGCAAUCUUUCAGACUCUUCUGAACCUGAAACUGAAGACAGUAAUGACUGGGAAACCUGGGAAUCUCAGUCAAUUUUAAACUCUUUGAAAAAUGAUGACGUGCCUGCAGAUGAAGGUGGUGAUAAACCGUUUCACUGCUCUCAGUGUGGCAAGAGAUUUCUUCACAAGGGCAACCUGAAUAGCCACAAGAGAAGUCAUACGGGAGAGAAACCGUUUAGUUGCUCAGUGUGUGGUAAAAGAUUUGUCCACAAGGGCAAUCUGAAUAGCCACAUUAGAGGUCAUACAGGAGAGAAACCAUUUCCUUGUUCUGAGUGCAAGAAAACUUUUGGACAAAAAGGCAAUCUGAAGAAACACAUGAGAAUUCAUACAGGAGAGAAACCACUUAGUUGUCCAGUUUGUGAAAAAAGAUUCAUUCAGCGUGUAACUCUCAAGUAUCACAUGAGUUCUCAUACAGGAGAAAAACCUUUCAGUUGUUCAGUUUGUAAGAAAGGUUUUAGGUCAGGCAGCGAUGUCGCGAAACACGUGAGAAUCCAUACAGGGGAGAGACCUUAUAGUUGCUCAGUUUGUAAUAAAUGCUUUACACAAAAAACACACCUAGCAGUGCACAUGACGAUCCACACAGGGGAAAAGAGGUUCAACUGCAACAUUUGUGGGAAAGGAUUCAUCCAGAAAUCUCAUCUAAAAAAACACAAGUGCUGUGAGGGGGCAGAACCUGAAGAUUCUAUCUAAAUGAGAUCUAAGAGUCCAGUCAGUCUACAGCAGGAACCGUCUAUCAAUUUCAAUUUAUUUCAUUUAUAUAGCGCCAAAUCACAACAAAGUUGCCUCAAGGCAC